GCAGAGCCAAAAGGCGCAGACGCGCUGUGAUUGGUCGGAGCGCGCUUUCCAAUCCUCUCUUGUUUCCAGGCCGCUGAAGCUCCUCCAACUUUGGCUGCAGCCUGAAGCAGAAGCAGGACAGCAGAGCGAGGAGCUCCGCGCGCCGCAUCCUCCCACAGCUUCCCGAUCACACCGAGCCAUGAGCCCGCUUCCUCUUCUGCUCUGGAGGAUGAUCCGGAUGCUUUGGACCGUGGCGCUCAUGUCGGCCUACGGCGCACAGGAGUACGACUUCAUGGAAUGGGAUCCACCCAGGUACAACACCGGGCCCAUCUACGGGAAGACCCCCCAGUGCUUGGCGAUCCCCGAGGACCUGCGGCUCUGCUACGGCGUGGGUUACCCCCAGAUGCUGCUGCCCAACCUGCUGGAGCACGAAACCAUGGCGGAGGUGAAGCAGCAGGCCAGCAGCUGGGUGCCGCUGGUGCACAAGAGGUGCCACCCGGGCACGCAGGUCUUCCUCUGCUCGCUCUUUGCGCCCGUGUGCCUGGAUCGGCCCAUCUUCCCCUGCCGCAGGCUGUGCGAGGCGGUGCGGGACGGCUGCACCCCCAUCAUGGAGGCGUUCGGCUACCCGUGGCCGGAGAUGCUCACAUGCGACAAGUUCCCCGAUCAUGAUGUUUGCAUUUCCAUGACGCCCAACGCCACCGAGAGCCCGGAGUCUGCAGCUAUCAAGGCCAAGAUAAAGGAGGUGAAACGAGAAAACACAGACCGCAAGGUGAUCCUGCAAAAGAGGAAGAAGAUGGUCAAAGCAGGAAACCUAAAGAAAAAGGACACAAAGAAGCUGGUGCUGUACUUGAAGAACGGUGCAGACUGCCCCUGCCAACAGCUAGACAACCUGACAAACCAGUACCUGAUCAUGGGCCGGAAGGUGGACAAGCAGUACCUCCUCACAGGCAUCCACAAGUGGGACAAGUCCAACAAGGAGUUCAAAAAGGCCAUGAAAACACUCAAAACCCACAAAUGUCCCGAAUUCACUAACGUCUUCAAAUAG